AUGGAAAUGGGAGAUAGUAGUGCUGGAUCCAAGUCAUUCUCAUUUUCCCCGUCUCCUCCGGUUCCUCUUCCUGAAGUAUCAAUCCCAAACCCGUUAUAUUCUCUUCCAAUUAGUCAUUCACAAUCCCCAACUCAACUGGGAGAAGAGGAAGAGAUGGGACCUCCACCUCCACGACAGCCUGCUAGGAGACUCAAAUCUGAAGUGUGGAAUCACUUCGAGAGGAAGGUGAUCAAUGGUGAACAAAAGGCCAAGUGUUUGCAUUGUAAUCAGUUGUUUUCGGGCAACAGUAAGAAUGGGACUUCUCAUUUGAAGGACCACCUUGUUCUUAGAUGCACUAAAAAGCAUAUGAAGGUUGAUGUGCGUCAAAAGUUGCUGGCAGUUAAUCGUAGACAAGAUUCGAGCACAAGGUUGGAAAAUCAUGUCUUCAAUCAAGAAGAAUCAAGAAAGGAGUUGGCUCAUAUGGUUGUUCUCCAUGAGUAUCCAUUGUCAAUUGUAGAGCAUGUUGGGUUUAGGAGAUUUGUUAUUAGCUUGAAUCCAAGUUUCAAGAUAAUAAGUCGCAACACUUUAAAGAGUGAUAUUUUGAAGAUGUUUGUGAGUGAGAAAGCAAAUUUGAAGAAGUUAUUUGAUGGUCAUGGGGGAAGAGUGGCGAUAACAACUGAUAUGUGGACUGCUUCACCUCAAAAGAAAGGUUACAUGGCCAUUACAUCACAUUUCAUUGACGACCAAUGGAUUUUGCACAACAAAACUUUGAGGUUUGUUUACGUUCCUUGUCCACACACUGUCAAUAUGCUUGCUCAAGUCCUUGUUGAUACAUUGAAUGAAUACAACAUAGCUGAGAAAAUAUCUUCUGUUGUUCUUGAUAAUUGUACCACAAAUGAUGCCAUGGUUGAUAUUUUACAUGAGAAGUUUGAUUGUGACACCCUUAUGUGUUCUGGUCAAUUUUUACAUGUACGUUGUAGUGCGCAUAUAUUGAAUUUGAUUGUCCAAGAUGGUUUGGAGAUGAUUGGUUCUGGGAUUGAAAGGAUACGUAAUUGUGUUGUGUUUUGGGGUUCAACUCAAAAAAGACUUCAAAAGUUUGAGGAUAAGGCUAGGGCUUCUAAGGUUGAUUGUUCUAGGAAGUUGUCUCUUGAUUGUAAAACUAGAUGGAACUCAACCUUUCUAAUGCUUCAAAGUGCUUUACCAUAUAAGAAUGUUUUUGCUAACUUAAAGACUCAAAAUCCAAAGUUUAAGUUUGUUGUUCCUACUCAACGUGAUUGGGAGUCGGCUGAAACUAUUUGUGAUAAAUUGAAAAGAUUUCACAAAGUGACUGAGUUGUUCUCAUGCAGGAAAUAUCCUACUGCCAACUUGUUUUUUCGCCAAGUAUGUGAGAUUAAAUUAGCUUUACGCUUGUGGAAAAAUAGUAAUGAGCAGUUUGUUAGGGAUAUGGCUGAGAAAAUGAUUGAGAAGUUUGAUAAGUAUUGGUCUAAUAUCAAUGGAAUAUUGUCAGUGGCUGCAAUUUUAGACCCUAGAAAUAAGUUGGAAUGUGUGGAGUAUUAUUUUUGUGAAAUUUUUGGUGAUGAAGCUUCUGUUGAGGUUGAAAGGGUAAAGACUUUGUUGUAUGAUUUAUUGCAUGAGUACCAUGAGAAAUCCGAUAAAGAGGAUGUUGGGUCUUCUAGUUUUAGUCAAACAGUUCUUGGAAAGAGACCUAGUGACUUGAUUUCUUCUGAUAAUGUUAAUGGCGAUGACUGUGAUAAAUGGACUUUGAUUAAAAAGACCAAGAAAAGAAAAGCUAAUGUGCGGUGUGAGUUAGACCAUUACCUCGAAGAUGAAGCGUUACCCGAGAGUAGUCAGUUUGAUGUCCUUAAUUUUUGGAAGACCGACUUGAAAUAUCCAACUUUGAGGAAAAUUGCUAGAGAUAUAUUAGCAAUCCCUGCUUCAACCGUAGCUUCUGAGAGUGCUUUCAGUAUGGGCGGUAGGGUGGUUAGUCCCCAACGUUCAUCUCUUCACCGUGACACAGUGGAAGCACUUAUGUGCAUGCAAAAUUGGCUUCUUGGGGAGUAUUCGGAUGCUUGUUUUGAUAAUGCACACGCAUGUGCAACUAUUUUGGUUGAUGCCGAUGUGGGAGGUGAUGGAAGUUGUGCAAGUGAAGUCAUUGAUGUUAAUUCGAGGAAAUGGAUAUCCUAUGAAGAGCUGUUGGUUGUUGCUUGCUGUUGGGAUGGGAUCGUGCUUGUUGUUGCUGUUGGGAUGAGAUGGUGCUUGUUGUUGCUCGUUGGGAUGGGAUCAUGGGAUGGUGCUAUUGCUGUUGGGUUGUUAUUUUGUUGUUGCUUGCUGCUAUCCAGUUCCGUUGUUGCUAGAUUAGCACUUGGCUAUAUUGACACCAGUUAA